AUGGCUACAUUUUCGUUGGAGCAACUGAACUUUUUUAAGUUUUCAUCUGUCGUACUUGAUGAAUUUCCAAUCGCCCUCCGCCAAGUUUUUGUUCACAUGUGGGACAAUCAAGUCGCUCCUACGCCAGGCUUUCAAAAAUGGGACGACUCACCUCUGGUUCGCAACAUGUUUCUCAGUAAAGAGGCUGGAAAGACAAAAUAUGUUCCAACCGCUAAAUCAUAUCAUGAGUGGGACUGCACAGCGCUGUUUGAAGUCACUCUCUAUGCUCAGAGCUUUGCCAUUCCGGACGGAAGUGGAGGGCUUUCAACUUUGAACAAAUUGUACGUGAAGCCCCGUCACUUACUAAGUGGAACAUUUCACCCUGUUAUUUCAAUUCCUGGAAACGAAGCCGAGACGUUUGCGUUAGCGUUAGAUCAGCUUCGUCUCCUAAGAAACGCACUGUGUCACCAGACAAGUACCCAAAAGAUUGACAAGACAACUUUUGAUUAUUAUAUAAAAUUAGCUAGAGAGGCGUUAGCUGCACUUAAACAAGACACAACCAGGAUUGAUGAGAUCGGGAAGCUUGAAGAAGAAGACUUUCCUACUGCCAGGCUUCAGAAGUUAGAAGAAGAGUUGAAGAAAGAAAAAGAUGUUGACGUCAAGUUUAAGCAAAUCAAUGAUCACCUCAACCAAAUCGAGAGUCAAAUUAAAACCGUCCGAUCAGAUGUAAAAACAUCAGUAACAGAUGUGCAGACAAAAGUGAAAGAAUUCAGGUCAGACGUCAAAACAGCAGUAACAGACGUACAAACGAAAGUGGAAGAAGUCAGAUCAGACAUAAAAACAUCAGUAACAGAUGUGCAGACAAAAGUGGAAGAAGUCAGGUCAGACGUCAAAACAGCAGUAACAGAUGUGCAGACAAAAGUGGAAGAAGUCAGGUCAGACGUCAAAACAGCAGUAACAGAUGUGCAGACAAAAGUGGAAGAAGUCAGGUCAGACGUCAAAACAGCAGUAACAGAUGUGCAGACAAAAGUGGAAGAAGUCAGGUCAGACGUCAAAACAGCAGUAACAGAUGUGCAGACAAAAGUGGAAGAAGUCAGGUCAGACGUCAAAACAGCAGUAACAGAUGUGCAGACAAAAGUGGAAGAAGUCAGAUCAGACAUAAAAACAUCAGUAACAGAUGUGCAGACAAAAGUGGAAGAAGUCAGGUCAGACGUCAAAACAGCAGUAACAGAUGUGCAGACAAAAGUGGAAGAAGUCAGAUCAGACAUAAAAACAUCAGUAACAGAUGUGCAGACAAAAGUGGAAGAAGUCAGGUCAGACGUCAAAACAGCAGUAACAGAUGUGCAGACAAAAGUGAAAGAAGUCAGAUCAGACAUAAAAACAUCAGUAACAGAUGUGCAGACAAAAGUGGAAGAAGUCAGGUCAGACGUCAAAACAGCAGUAACAGAUGUGCAGACAAAAGUGGAAGAAGUCAGAUCAGACAUAAAAACAUCAGUAACAGAUGUGCAGACAAAAGUGGAAGAAGUCAGGUCAGACGUCAAAACAUCAGUAACGGAUGUACAGACAAAAGUGGAAGAAGUCACGUCAGACGUACAAACGACAGUAACAGAUGUACAGACGAAAGUAGAAGAAGUGAAAACGGCAGCAGCAGAAGUCCAGACAAAACUGGAAAAUGUCGAAUCAGAGGUGAAAAUUGCAACAAGUGAGCUAGCAAAAAUAAAAGCAAACGUCGAUGACGUAAAACAAGCAGUUCAGUCCGUAAUCAAAAAAGGUAUGUAAAGCGUUCACUUGGUUUCCUUGCAAAACACUGGCUGAUCCGUCUUUCAUACUGGUAUUCAUCUUGCUUGGUUAGGAUAACUCGGGGGCACCCAACGAGAAUAUAGUUCAAAACCACCUAAACAUAACAUUGUUGAACGUAUUUUAGUAUUUAAACGGUAGAUAUAGGCAUAUUGUUAUCCCCUAAACAUUUUUCAUCUGUUCGGAUUUCCUAGCUGAAAGUCGUGAUCCUAAAAUCAAAGGGAUCAAAACUUACCUUUUCGAAAAUUUCAGCCAGAAGAAAGGCUUCCGAAAAUUCUAGAUGACCUUUUUACGGUAAAAAUCUGUUUAAAAUGGGCAAUUAUACCAUUUUUUAGAUUUUCGAAAAUCGUAGGAGAGGCAGGCAAGCAAGAAAAUUUACAACAAAUGUUCCGAAAAUUCUAGAUCUCAAAUCGUCUUUCGAACAGAUAUUUUCCGAAAAUUGACGUUGGGUCCCCCUGAUAACCGCCUUGCUAGUUACGUAUGUGAAGGUUCCCAAAACGAAUUCCUACUUAUAUUUUUAUAACUAGGUAUACCUAUCGAUAGAGUGCCAACGAGCAAAUCAUGCGUAUUUUGGAUAGGAAUGGAUUCCUUUUUUCCAACAAUUGACAGUUUCUUGGUCCCUUCCUGUUAAAAGGAUUAUUUUCUUGAAACAGAGGUGCUAUGCAAGUAUAAAGGUUCGGAGAAGAGUCAGUCCUCAGACUCCUGUGGCGUUACGAACCUGCUGUAUAAAAGUUUGAGGUGUCAUGAGGCAUACUUUUUUGAAAGAAUAAAACAGCUUGCAGAGAAAGCGAUCGGUAAUAUUUAGAGGGAAAUAUAAAAAAUAUCGUUUCUCUUACCACUACAAAAUUAGGGUCGGUUCGGUUUCACUUUGUAGAAAAAUAUUUGCGCAGUUUAAUCAUUGAAACCUCCUCUGAAAUUUCCCCAGGCUUUUUGUCGAGUUCCCGAUUGAAUUUUAGAAUGAUUCGCUACGCUGCUUGAUAUGUUUUCAAGGACAUGCGAUGUGCGGCACGUCGGUAUUUUGUUUUCGCUUUAUUAUAAACUCGGCCAGGUUUCGAAAAAAAUAGCGUUGUUUUCUUAUCCUUUGUCGUUCGCUUUAGGCUUGUAAUUCCUUUUCAUUCUUAUUUUUCCAUUUACUGGUUAGAUUUUUUCCCCAAGAUCUGAUUUUCCAACAGAAGCGACUUUAUUCUUCUUAUCAAGCUUUCCUUAUCUCCUCGUGUAAUCUGAUCCUUCUUAGUGGUGAGAAUUGCUUGUUUCACAUGGAAAACUUUUCUUUGAUUAAACUGUUGUUUUACAAGCUUCUCUUCGUUAAAACCUUACAUUAAUAGCCCCCAAAUUAAUACAAUGUAUCAAGUUUUCAUUUUCCUUGACUGCCGGGGCCAGAUUUAGGUGAAUAAACAAUAAAAGCGUACCACAUUCAAGUUCAAUCUUCGCUUGCCGCCGAGAAAAGAACACAUGUGCGCCAAGUAUAGUUUACCGCCUUUUGAUUGGCUGAAACUGUCACACCACUUGGUCUCAGGGGAAUCUACAUUACAUGAGGUUACACUUUUUGGGUGUGUUCCUUUCGGCGAAUCCAAAAACGGAUUUUUGAUCCUAGAUUUACCAGAUUUCGCGGUCGAAAGGAACGUGAAAUCCGAAAUUGGAUUUGUUACCUUGGUAACCUUUCGCCAACGCGUGCAAUACGCACGACAGCCUCUCAAAAAAUGACGUGUUUUCUACUGUUUGACAAAUUAUGCGAUCAUACCGUGCAGAAUUUAGUGGUCGGCAGUUCGAAUAGCGACGAUGCAACAUAUAAAACAGACAAAGAAAGAAGCCCAUUAAAAUUGAAAUUUAUCUAAAGAAUGUCGGCCAGUUUAAUCCAGUUCCAUAGCUCGGAUUUUUUUAUGUAACACGAUCGAGUGCCUGUCGCGUCUACAAGCGAGUUUGUAGUUAGAUAGCAGUUCAUUUGUUACUUUUACUUAUUUCUGAUUUCAAGCAAUCUUUUGAGACUAAUGGUAAGUAUAUGGAUAUUUUAAUGUACCAGGAACAAUCUUCUAAUGUUUUCAGAUGUUUUGCGGCAAAUGACAGCAACGAGGAAACUCUACGGCCUCCGCCUCUAUGGGAAUACUUCAACUGGAAAUACCGCUGGAUCAUCUGACUAAUUUCGGAUCCACUGUGAAUGGAACAGUGUAGAUCACUAAUCCGUUAAUCUGGAUUUGGAUUCUUCGGAUUUCAAAUCCAAUGAAUCCUUUUUCAAAAAGGAUUCACCAGCUCAAAAAUCCGGAUUUGGAUUUGCCGAAAGGAACGCGAAAUCCGUUCUUAGAUCUAAAAUCCGUUUUUGGAUUCACCGAAAGGAACACACCCUUUGAAGCUCGAUCGAGAAUUUUUCUGCCUACAGCCUAGCCUCCCCGCAGACGUCCUUUGGGGUUCGUUUGUCACGCAUUCAUUUCUCCCCCACGAACGAUUGGGUUCGAUUGGUUUUUGGUUCGGUUUCGUUCGAUUAGCUACGCCGGGAUUAAAGGAUCUACAGCUGUAGUCGAUUGAACGUUUACCCUAGCCUGGUGCGGUCGUUAUAUCUCAGUCUUUUUAAUAUUAUUUUUAAUUACAACUACAAAGUUAUCAUUAUUCCCUGCAAUGUAAUUUGUUUGCGUUGUCUCUUCAGAUUUAUUUGUGCCCGACUCGUCCAUACCUGAUGAAUUACCAAACUUUGUUGGCCGCGACAAAGAAUGCAAAGCAGUAGAACAUCAUUUAACAGAUGAAGUUACUCGACUGGUCAAUGUCUGGGGUCCUCCUGGAUUUGGAAAAACAUCAGUGGCCAUCAGUGUGGCGCAUCACUUACAAGAGAAGAAUUUUCCAGUUUACUUUGCAUCCGUUCGUGGAAUGAAAAGUAUGGAGGAUUUAGUGUCGAAAUUGCUAAGUAUCUUCGUAGACGAUAAACAGGUGAGCCGCAUUUCAUCGUCUGACCUCGUCAUUCAAUGUUUACAGCAAAUUCGAAAUCCUUUUGUCUUAAUGCUAGACAAUGCCGAUGAUUUACUCGAAUCUGAGGAUGCCAAACGGAAACAGCACGUGCUUCGAUUUAUUGAGGAAAUCAUUACUCACUGCAAAGAAAUCAAGCUUCUCCUAACUACUCGUGAAAGUCUCGACUACUUAAGCCACAAGCUUUCCAUCCACUUGGAGAAAAUUAACGUAUUGGAUGGAAUUUCGUCAGCGCAUCUGGUAAGGCUGUUGUUACCAGAUGCCUUGGAAGAUGACUGCAAAUGUGUCGUGAGGGAAUGUGGAAACGUUCCUUUGUCCAUGCGACUAAUGUGCAGCAUCAUUGACGAAGCAAAUAUAUCCAUAAAUGCGCUUUUAGAAGAACUAAGCGAUUCAACGAUAGUCGAAGUUUUGAACAGUGAAAGCUUUCCUGACGAUUUCCGGCUUAAAUCUGUAAUUGACACAUCUUUUAAAAGGCUCAUGAUUCCCGAACGAAACGCAUUUGUUUCGCUUUCUGUUUUCCCUGGGUGGUUUGGAAUAGAGGAAGCUCAAGCCAUAUUAAAUGUAAAAUCAGAGGUUAAAACCAAGCAAAUCAUUCGAUCACUGGAGAGAAAGUCCCUUAUACAUUGUGGACACAGUUUUAGCCGUUUUACACUCCAUUCACUUUUACGGUCCUUUAUUAAGGAUAAAGUAAAGAAUGACGAAGCGGUUGAAGCUGUAUUUAUAGAUGCACAGGUUCAGUUUUAUGACCAUUACAUUUCUAGGUGUGAAAUUGCUAACAAAAACUUCCUAACAGGAAGUUAUUCAAAGGCCUUCAGAAAUUUCCUUGAUCGGCGUGAGUGCAUCAUUUCAUCCCUUUCUAAUGGACCUGGAAAUGACAUUACCUACACCAAGGCUGUAGACUUGUUAUCUGAAGCAAAAUCAUUUCUCUAUGUUGCACUGCAUGGUGAAAAAAAGUUAUUUGAGCGCCUUUAUGACAUAGCAAUAGAAGAAGCAAAAACUAGGGAAAAUGUCUGCGACCAAAAAAUGUUACUCUCUGCCAAAGAAUUUCCUCUUAGUGAGUGGUAUCAGCCAGAUACUGCUAAAAGCUACUUCUGGCUUGGUAGAGUGCAGCGUGAAGCGGGAGACCUGACAACAGCACUGGAGUCGGUACAGUUGAGCGUACGAUUAAGAAAACAACUGUUAGGAGAUCAUCCUGAUACAGCCGACGACUUUCAUGAGCAAGGCAUUAUCCAUUAUGCAAUGAAUGACAACAAGUCGGCUGUUGAAGCAUUCCAGAAAGCAGCAGACAUAAAUUUAUCUUUGCGUGGAGAUCACAAAGAAACGGCACGCAGCUACCACAGCCUUGGUGUGGUGCAGAAAGAGAUAGGGCACUGUGAGGGAGCUUUAGAUUCUUUUCAAAGAGCAGCAAACAUGAGAUCAAAUCUUCUUGGUGAUCACAAAGACACGGCGUCCAGCUGCUAUUGCCUUGGUUUUGUCCAGCGCGACAUGGGAGACCUUAAAGGGGCUCUGGAUUCUUUACAAAGAGCAGCAAACAUAAUAUCAAAUCUUCUUGGUGAUCACAAAGACACGGCGUCCAGCUGCUAUUGGCUUGGUAAAGUGCAGCGCGACAUGGGAGACCUUAAAAAUGCUCUGGAUUCUUUACAAAGAGCAGCAAACAUAAGAUCAAAUCUGCUUGGUGAUCACGAAGACACGGCGUACAGCUUCUAUUCGCUUGGUUUAGUGCAGCAUGACAUGGGAGACCUUAAAGGGGCUCUGGAUUCUUUACAAAGAGCAGCAAAUAUAAGAUCAAAUCUUCUUGGUGAUCACAAAGACACGGCGUCCAGCUACUGUUGGCUUGGUUUUGUGCAGCGCGACAUGGGAGACCUUAAAGGGGCUCUGGAUUCUUUCCAAAGAGCAGCAAAUAUGAGAUCAAAUCUUCUUGGUGAUCACAAAGACACGGCGUCCAGCUGCUAUUGGCUUGGUAAAGUGCAGCGCGACAUGGGAGACCUUAAAGGGGCUCUGGAUUCUUUCCAAAGAGCAGCAAAUAUAAGAUCAAAUCUUCUUGGUGAUCACAAAGACACGGCGUCCAGCUGCUAUUGGCUUGGUAAAGUGCAGCGCGACAUGGGAGACCUUAAAGGGGCUCUGGAUUCUUUACAAAGAGCAGCAAACAUAAGAUCAAAUCUUAUUGGUGAUCACAAAGACACGGCGUCCAGCUGCUAUUGGCUUGGUAAAGUGCAGCGCGACAUGGGAGACCUUAAAGGGGCUCUGGAUUCUUUACAAAGAGCAGCAAACAUGAGAUCAAAUCUUCUUGGUGAUCACAAAGACACGGCGUCCAGCUGCUAUUGGCUUGGUAAAGUGCAGCACGACAUGGGAGACCUUAAAGGGGCUCUGGAUUCUUUACAAAGAGCAGCAAACAUAAGAUCAAAUCUGCUUGGUGAUCACGAAGACACGGCGUACAGCUUCUAUUCGCUUGGUUUAGUGCAGCAUGACAUAGGAGAUCUUAAAGGGGCUCUGGAUUCUUUACAAAGAGCAGCAAACAUGAGUUCAAAUCUUCUUGGUGAUCACAAAGACACGGCGUCCAGCUACUGUUGGCUUGGUUUAGUGCAGCGCGACAUGGGAGACCUUAAAAAUGCUCUGGAUUCUUUACAAAGAGCAGCAAACAUGGGAUCAAAUCUGCUUGGUGAUCACGAAGACACGGCGUACAUCUUCUAUUCGCUUGGUUUAGUGCAGCAUGACAUUGGAGACCUUAAAGGAGCUUUGGACUCUUUACAAAGAGCAACAGACAUAAGAUCAAAUCUUCUUGGUGAUCACGAAGACACGGCGUCCAGCUACUGUUGGCUUGGUUUAGUGCAGCAUGACAUGGGAGACCUUAAAGGGGCUCUGGACUCUUUACAAAGAGGAGCAAACAUAAGAUCAAAUCUUCUUGGUGAUCACAAAGACACGGCGUCUACCUACGAUUGGCUUGGUAAAGUGCAGCGCGAUAUGGGAGACCUUAAAGGUGCUCUGGAUUCUUUACAAAGAGCAGCAAACAUGAAAUCAAAUCUGCUUGGUGAUCACGAAGACACGGCGUACAGCUUCUAUUCGCUUGGUUUAGUGCAGCAUGACAUGGGAGACCUUAAAGGGGCUCUGGAUUCUUUACAAAGAGCAGCAAACAUAAGAUCAAAUCUUCUUGGUGAUCAGAAAGACACGGCGUCCAGCUACGAUUGGCUCGGUAAAGUGCAGCGCGACAUGGAAGACCUUAAAGGUGCUCUGGAUUCUUUACAAAGAGCAGCAAACAUAAGAUCAAAUCUUUUUGGUGAUCACAAAGACACGGCGUCCAGCUGCUAUUGGCUUGGUAAAGUGCAGCGCGACAUGGGAGACCUUAAAGGGGCUCUGGAUUCUUUACAAAGAGCAGCUAACAUGAGAUCAAAUCUUCUUGGUGAUCACAAAGACACGGCGUCCAGCUGCUAUUGGCUUGGUAAAGUGCAGCGCGACAUGGGAGACCUUAAAGGGGCUCUGGAUUCUUUACAAAGAGCAGCAAACAUAAGAUCAAAUCUGCUUGGUGAUCAGGAAGACACGGCGUACAGCUUCUAUUCGCUUGGUUUAGUGCAGCAUGACAUGGGAGACCUUAAAGGGGCUCUGGAUUCUUUACAAAGAGCAGCAAACAUAAGAUCAAAUCUUCUUGGUGAUCACAAAGACACGGCGUCCAGCUACGAUUGGCUCGGUAAAGUGCAGCGCGACAUGGGAGACCUUAAAGGUGCUCUGGAUUCUUUACAAAGAGCAGCAAACAUAAGAUCAAAUCUUCUUGGUGAUCACAAAGACACGGCGUCCAGCUGCUAUUGGCUUGGUAAAGUGCAGCGCGACAUGGGAGACCUUAAAGGGGCUCUGGAUUCUUUACAAAGAGCAGCAAACAUAAGAUCAAAUCUUCUUGGUGAUCACAAAGACACGGCGUCCAGCUGCUAUUGGCUUGGUAAAGUGCAGCGCGACAUGGGAGACCUUAAAGGGGCUCUGGAUUCUUUACAAAGAGCAGCUAACAUGAGAUCAAAUCUUCUUGGUGAUCACAAAGACACGGCGUCCAGCUGCUAUUGGCUUGGUAAAGUGCAGCGCGACAUGGGAGACCUUAAAGGGGCUCUGGAUUCUUUACAAAGAGCAGCAAACAUAAGAUCAAAUCUUCUUGGUGAUCACAAAGACACGGCGUCCAGCUGCUAUUGGCUUGGUAAAGUGCAGCGCGACAUGGGAGACCUUAAAGGGGCUCUGGAUUCUUUACAAAGAGCAGCUAACAUGAGAUCAAAUCUUCUUGGUGAUCACAAAGACACGGCGUCCAGCUGCUAUUGGCUUGGUAAAGUGCAGCGCGACAUGGGAGACCUUAAAGGGGCUCUGGAUUCUUUACAAAGAGCAGCAAACAUAAGAUCAAAUCUGCUUGGUGAUCACGAAGACACGGCGUACAGCUUCUAUUCGCUUGGUUUAGUGCAGCAUGACAUGGGAGACCUUAAAGGGGCUCUGGAUUCUUUACAAAGAGCAGCAAACAUAAGAUUAAAUCUUCUUGGUGAUCACAAAGACACGGCGUCCAGCUACGAUUGGCUCGGUAAAGUGCAGCGCGACAUGGGAGACCUUAAAGGUGCUCUGGAUUCUUUACAAAGAGCAGCAAACAUAAGAUCAAAUCUUCUUGGUGAUCACAAAGACACGGCGUCCAGCUGCUAUUGGCUUGGUAAAGUGCAGCGCGACAUGGGAGAUCUUAAAGGGGCUCUGGAUUCUUUACAAAGAGCAGCAAACAUAAGAUCAAAUCUUCUUGGUGAUCACAAAGACACGGCGUCCAGCUGCUAUUGGCUUGGUAAAGUGCAGCGCGACAUGGGAGACCUUAAAGGGGCUCUGGAUUCUUUUCAAAGAGCAGCUAACAUGAGAUCAAAUCUUCUUGGUGAUCACAAAGACACGGCGUCCAGCUGCUAUUGGCUUGGUAAAGUGCAGCGCGACAUGGGAGACCUUAAAGGGGCUCUGGAUUCCUUACAAAGAGCAGCAAACAUAAGAUCAAAUCUGCUUGGUGAUCACGAAGACACGGCGUACAGCUUCUAUUUGCUUGGUUUAGUGCAGCAUGACAUGGGAGACCUUAAAGGGGCUCUGGAUUCUUUACAAAGAGCAGCAAACAUAAGAUCAAAUCUUCUUGGUGAUCACAAAGACACGGCGUCCAGCUACGAUUGGCUCGGUAAAGUGCAGCGCGACAUGGGAGACCUUAAAGGUGCUCUGGAUUCUUUACAAAGAGCAGCAAACAUGGAAUCAAAUCUGCUUGGUGAUCACGAAGACACGGCGUCCAGCUACCACAAGCUCGGUUUAAUGCAGCGUGAUAUGGGAGACCUUGAAGGAGCUUUGGACUCCUUACAAAAAGCAGCAAACAUGAGAUCGAAUCUGCUUGGUGGUCACAAAGACACUGCCAGCAGCUACCAUGGGCUUGGUGUUGUGCAACAUGGAAUGGGAGACUUGAAAGGAGCAUUGGAAUCUUUGCAAAAAGCAUUAGACAUGAGAACUAAUCUGUUUGGUGAUCACGGAGAUACGAUGAGCAGCUUAAAUGAAUUACGUGCCGUCCAGAUAAAAUUGUCACCAGGGCGUUCUUUCUUUGGCAAAGUAUUUAGGCGGAAAAAUGGACACGAAAAUAAUGACAAGUUAUAA